CAAGGGUUAACGUUAAGCCAUGGAGGUUAUGGAGUCAAUGUCAGUAGCUUUCAAAGAAAUUGGACCAAAUCACAAUAUACCAGAAAAAUGGAAAGAAAUUGUACUAAAUACAGGUGGUACCCACAGCACAUUACAGGAUAUAAAGCUACCUCAGAAAGCAGGUGGCUACUGGUACAAGGAUUCAAAAAAAGCAAAUACAAGAAAUCGUUUUAUUUACUGGCAAACAACUUCAGAUGCCAUAGAAUUAUCAGAGGCAUCACUUGAUGUUAAUCUGUCGGUGUCGAAUUUGCGUUGUAAAGUGGCUCCAGGGACACCACCAUUAAACAGUUUAACAUUUUAUGAGAGGUUAUCAACACAAGAAGUUAUAAUUUUGGCUGCUACAGUUUCAUCUGUACAUAGACUUGUAUUUCUUCAUCCAGAAUCAUUAGACAGGAAGUCAGCAUUUGGAUCAAGUAACAAUACAUCAGCAUCUAUAUUCUAUGACACAAGCGCUGUGAAUAAUCCAAAUAACUAUUAUAUUUUAAAUCAAUACGCUAACACAACUACUGGUGUAGCACACACAUGUGCAUCAAUGCUGCGUGACAGUGGGGAAGCCGUGUUUGCUCUUUCAUUUGGUCAUGGCAGUGAAGGUGGCUUGCUUCUGGUAAAGCUUCCCGUCACAGGCUCUGCUGUUACAACACUAUUAAAGCGAGAAUCAGCUGUGCCUAGAUUCUUGUCUGGUAUAACAGGUGCAUUGAGGGGUAAAAGUAAUACAGAUGGUGUUGAAACCUAUGGUGUGGUGGUGACCAAUGGUUUGAUAGUGGCAAUCUGUGGCGACACAUGUCUGCGCGCAUGGACACUUGAUGAAGGCGGAGCGCCGGUUGCGGUCUCCUCGCCUCUAUCACAAUCUUUAGUCAGACCAAAACCACCGCCUCAAGGUCAUAUGUUGAAAAGCAUUGUAGGUACGGACAGAAGUAUAAUGCUAGUGGUGUAUCUGUCAUUUCCUAACGACAGUGAAUUUGUUGUUAUGAAGAUGCACGACGGCGGAGGUGGCGCCGUUGUAUUCUCACAGAUAUGUCAAAUAUUUGGACCACAGCUAGAUCUACUAGACUACACCAUUGGUUAUGGGGAUGGUGACCAUGUUAUAUGGGCGUUAUGGAACCAGCCGGAUGGAGAUGCUUUUAUAACAACGACUAGCGUUGGUGCGGAGGUAUCGUGGCGCUGCGUGGCUGUGCGCGAGGCCCCGCCCCCACUGCCGCAGCUCUCCUCCCCUCAUCAAUACCGCGACCGCCUGCUCGCUCCCGGACUCUUUCCACCUACUGUCAUUAAGAAAGCUCUUGUGAUAUACCGGCGCACGUGGUGCGGGGGCGAUGCGGGCGCGCUGGGCGGGGCCGGGGCCGAGGGCGGGGCGGAGGCGGAGCUGGGCGAGGCGGCGGCGGCGGCGGUGCAGGCGCGUCUGAGGCUGCUCACUGCGCGCACCGCCGCACCAGACCACUCACAGCUUAUGUACAAAUGCUGGUCAGAUUUGUACAGUUGGUGUUUGCAGUACAUGGAAAAUCUUCAGAAACCACUCGGUCUUAUGGUUUCUACCCAUAAAAGUGAAGCAGAGAGCGGGUGGUGGUGCGCGGUGGUGCGACGCGCUGGCAUAUCACUGGUGCGCGAGCUCGAACCGCUAGAAAAGAUGAUGCUGUCCCCUGAUGAUACUUUGCCAGAAAUUGGUCGCGAGACUGGCGAGUUGUCUAUGGACGCGGUGCGGGUGGUGGUGGCGGGCGCGCGGUGGGAGCGGGCGGCGACGCCGGCGGGCGCGGGCGAGCUGGAGCGGCGGCUGUUCGCGUGCGCCGCGCCGCAGCACCGUCUGCUGCCGCGUCUGCUGCAUCUCCUGCUCGCACCUCACACUCCGUCAGCCUCCGCCACAUCCCCCGCACACCACCACACGCAACACCCGCAUCCGACACUAACACCGCAACAAAUAGAUGAGCUGACGUCUAUUUUGGAGCCGAUUAAAGACUUGCAGAGUGCCGUUUUGGAACUAAAUGAUGCGUUAAGAUUAGACGUACCCGAUAUAAGUACGUCUAAAAACGAAGAAGUGGACACAAGUGAUUAUGAUAAUCUGUUUGCAAGUGAACUGGGCGUUGCUGUGGUUACCGAAGCAAUACGACAGAUGGCAGAAAUGAGAGCGCGUGUAGUGCGCGGCGCGCUGGCAGCACUGGGCGUGGCGCACGGAGCUGGGGGCGUGCCGGGCGCCGGGCACUGCGCCGUGCACUGGCAGGCCUACCGUGCACUUCUGUGGCUUCGCUCCGCCGUCUUAAAUACCACUCCGGCGCGGUCGACGGAGGCGUUCCGUCUGAAGCUGAGCGCGUUGGGCACGAGCGGCGAGGCGCGCGGUGUCGCACUGGGCAGCGGGGCCGGCACCAGCGUGAGCGCGGUGGCGGCGUACGCGGGGGGCGCGGGCGGGCGUCGUGCGCGGCUGCAGCUGGCGGCUGCACGCGCACCGCCGCACGCGCACCACGCCCUGCCCCUCAUGGCAUACCACCUCGCACAUCAACUUUGGGCAGUAAGCGGAGGUUUCGAGUUCGGUUGGUGGCUGGCCUCCGUAAACCAGCCGCGGCUCGUACAGAACUACGUCUCCAUGUUGGAACCUUGGUGCGAGUGGAACGCUUGUUCUCGUCAGUUCAUUUUGGGACUGUCUCUGCUGGACACGGAGGACGCGGAGGCUGCAUACACGGCGUUCUGCAAGGCGGCGAAGGGAGUCAGCACGGAGCCCUUCCUGCGCCGCCUGGUGGCCGUCGCUGACGCACCUCUCACCCAGCACCAGGCACUCGUGCUAUAUUACAUGAAGGUUAUCAAGCUAUUCGAAAUCCACGAUGCAGGUGCUUGUGUGGUUCGUCUCGCUGAGACUGCGAUCAGUAUUGCCGAUAAGGAUGAUCCAAAUUUGGCGAUGUUCCAGUGGCUUGUGUUCAAGUGGCACCUGGCGGGCGGGCGAGUGGAGCGCGCGCUCAGCGCAGCCGCCGCCAACCCCGCCCCACAUGCGCGCGACUCCGCCGCCGCACACCUCCUCACCACGCUCGCAAAUCGUAAGCAACUUGGCGCGCUAGUGUCGUGCAGCGCGCUGUCUGCGGAGACGGAACGUGCAGCGGUGGCGCGCGCCAAGCUGCACGACGCCGCCACCCACAACCCAUACUACGAUUUCCUGUACGCCUUGCAUAUUUCGAGGCAACAUUACCGAAAGGCGGCAGCUGUAAUGUACGAGCGUGCGACACGUUGCCUGUCGGAGCGCGGCGGUGCGGGCGUGCGCCGCAAGUGGCUGGCGGCGGCGCUCGCCUGUCUGCGGCUCGCGCGACCCGAGCACGCGUUCAUCGCGCGCCCCGCCCACGCCGCCACGCCCACCACGCCCACUGCGCCCACUGCGCCCACCACAAUGCUAGACGCGCAAGUCCCCAAUAUUAGAUCUAAAGCGCUGCAGGUGAUUGGUCCGGAGGAGUUGGCAGCUGAACUGCGGGCAGAGGAUCCGGAAUCCGUAGACCCAGUACAGCAGGCUCUACAGAGACACGAACCGAUCGAUUUCGAUUAUUUGUACCCGAAUCUUAAAAACGCUGAUGUGGAGACACUCCUCGCGGUCACGAAGCGAGCCAUCAGCACCGAACAGUUCCUGCCCAGGUGGUUCCUACUCAGGUUUAUGGAGGUGGACGGGGCGGCGUGUAUCCGCGGGCUGCUGUCAGGUGGACGUGCGCUGGAGGCGGGCGAGGCGUGCUGCGGGGCGCUGCGCGAGGCGCUGCACGCGCUGGGGCCGGGCACGCCGCAGCAGCCGCGCGCCGCUCCCCUCGCCCUCGCCGACCUGCUGCUCGCUGAGCUCGACACGCACCAGCAUGUACCACAAUACAAAGAGUUACAUGAUGAUUUACAACUGCUUGUGAAAGAAUACACCUCCGCCGCAGUCAGGAUAUCAGAAAAUAUAAAACUUACACUUCAGUUCACCUCCGUUAACUAAUAUGUAAGAAAAAUAAAACUUUUCUAUGUAUUUUUUUUAAUUUAUUUAAAUCAUAAAUUCCCGUUGAAUUGUUUUGUCAUGGUUUUGAUACAUACAACAUACUGUCAUAAUAAUACAGAGAGGAGACCCUAUUAUCCAUAUAAAUCACAAUACUGUUACACCCAAUUUCUAUUUUGAUUGACAACAUUAACACAUUCAGCCUAAUAAAUAACUACAACCAACAAAUACAAGAUACAUAAGUGUACAUUUUAUUUAUUAUAAUUAAACAUUGC